UUUCCUCUCUCUCCUUCUGCCUUAUUAUCCCACGAGCACUUCCUCUUCCUGCCACUUGCCCUUCCCAGUUUUUCUCCUCUCUUUUGGUCUUACUUGCUGCUGGCUGAGCCAGUCAUGGAGGAGGAGGAGGAGCAGCAGAAGCACGAGCAGGCUAGUGCUUGUGAUUCUAAUGGCACUCCCAUUCAUGUCUUGGCUGUUGAUGACUGCUUCGUUGACCGGAAAAUUGUUGGGAAGCUCCUUGAAAAAGCCUCGUUUAAAGUUACUAGUGCUGAUAGUGGAAAGAAGGCAUUGGAGAUUCUUGGAUUUAGUCAGGACAAAGUGGAGAAAUCUAGUUAUAAUGACCAAAAGAUUGACAUAAUCCUUACUGACUAUUGUAUGCCUGAGAUGAAUGGAUAUGAUCUUCUUAUGGCUGUGAAGGGGAAUAGCAAUGUGAAGUCCAUUCCCGUUGUGAUAAUAUCAUCUGAAUAUGAUCCACAGAGAAUCAGCAGGUGUCUUGCAAAUGGUGCUGAAGAUUUCCUACGGAAACCACUUCAACAUAAAGACCUGCAGAAGUUGAGAAGCUAUGUUAAGCCUUCAGCACCUGUACCCAAGACAGGGACAAAAAGAAAAGUCAUGCUGGAAUUGAUACCAGAAAGUGGUACAGCAGAAACGCGACCUCGCAUUGCUGGAGUUGCAGUGGCUUAACCCUCCAUCGGUGUGACCCUCUCUCCCUUGUCUUCUCUUUCCCUCGACAAGGGCAAGUUGCCAGCAGCCAUCAUACACAUCCCUGCGGAGUAAAGGAUUAAAUGUCUGGCUGGAAACCUGAUUGUGCUUUAAGCAAUAAGUUCUUUGUGUUGUUCUGAGGGAUCCAAAUGUUAUGGUUUAGAAAUACAGCAGCCAUGUUUAUACAAUAGGCCUUGUGGCCCUGCGGAAACUUGUUAAUAAUUAAUUAUGAAUGCAAUCCUGUUUGUGAUGGAUUUCCAAACCA